GUUCCGUCGGCGGCCGGACAAAACCGCCAGACUCUCUCGUCCCCCGGCCCGGCCCUCCCAGACCCAGUUCCAUCCUUUUGCUUGCUUGCGGUUGCGGGCAACCGCUGUGAUAGAGCGAGCGACCGACCUGUAGUACGGGAGAGGGUUGGAAGGAGCGAAAGGAGAGAGAGGUUGGUGGUUGUUUGGUGGAGGAGAAUAGUUGGUUGUCUUCAGGGAGGGAGAGAGGGAAAGAUGGAGCGCAAGGCGGUGGUGGUGUGCGCGGUGGUCGGCUUCCUCGGCGUCCUCGCGGCGGCGCUCGGCUUCGCGGCGGAGGCCACCCGCGUCAAGGUUUCGGACGUUCAAACAAGCGGCAGUCCUGGUGAAUGCAUAUACCCAAGAACCCCAGCCUUGGCACUGGGUUUAAUAUCUGCCGCCUCUCUUAUGCUCGCCCAGUCCAUCAUAAACGCAGUCGCUGGUUGCAUCUGUUGCAAGAAGCAUCCUGUUCCCUCAGACACUAACUGGAGCAUAGCCCUGAUUUCGUUCAUCGUAUCUUGGUGCACUUUCAUAAUCUCGUUCCUUCUCCUACUGACUGGGGCCGCCCUGAACGACCAGAGAGGCGAGGAGAACAUGUACUUCGGUAGCUUCUGCUACGUGGUGAAGCCGGGGGUCUUCUCCGGGGGAGCGGUGCUGGCCCUCGCCAGCGUGGCGCUAGCCAUAGUCUACUACGUCGCGCUGUCAUCAUCCAAGGGCCCUCCGCCGGCGUUCGCAGCCCCGCAGAACCAGGGCAUCGCGAUGGGCCAGCCCGUGAUCAUCCCGCAGCAGAGCAGCGAGCCGGUGUUCGUCCACGAGGACACGUACAAUCGGCGGCAACAGGUCCCGUGACCUGACCACACAGAGGUCUAUGGUUGGUUCGGUUGGUUGUGCUUGGUCUGUAUAGGUUGCAGGUUAGAACAGUAGCCGUCGCCAUUGCUGUUAUAGCUAGAUCCUGUUCUUUUUGUUUUUGUUCUACUUGUACCCUCGUGUUUGUCGAGCAUGGAAUGUUUGGUUCUGAAUGAACUGGGUAAUGUUGAAGAG